GGCCUGUGCCCACCCCCGAGGCUCGUGCUAAUGCGACAGUUAACCAUAUCUGAUAUGGGGACCUACUCGUCACUUCCUAACCAAUCUCCAGAGUCCAGACCACCUCAGUCUUCAUCGCCCAAAAUGAAGACCUCCCCGCCCGCAUCUGAUGCGGCUUGGGAUGAAAGCGUCGAGUUUCGCACUACUUCUAUAUUCUCCUCGCUAUCUACGCUGUUCCUCAAUGAGAAGUUCUCCGAUAUGACUAUUACUUGUCGGGGCGAGGAAUUUAAAGUCCAUCGUGCAGUAGUUUGCACCCAGUCCCCUUUCUUUGACAAAGCUAUGACCGGUGGCUUCAAGCACUACGGGAGUCAUCGACCUCCCCGACGACGACCCGGAGACCGUCAAGCCUUUUUUGCAGUUUAUGUACACGGGAACUUAUGAAGACGGAGAAACUCCCACUUUUGGAAAGCUGUCUUCCGCCGCCUUGACGCCCCCCGGGAAAGUUCUUGUCGCUCUUGACACUUUUCCAGGCGAGACAGAACCGAAGUCGGAGUUUACAUUCGAAGAAGAUCCCGAGGCCUCCGCCCCAGACCCCGUUGCUGAUUGUGACGAAUCUGACAACUUGGGCGCACUCGACCUUCCCAUUCCUCCGCGAUGCCUAUUUCUCCCCCUUAGACUAUACGUUAUGGCCGACAAGUACGACGUGCCGGCGCUUCGACUACUCGCCCGAGACCGCUUCUACAGAAGCGCAGAGUGUGGGCGGAUGGAUGAUGACUUUCCCGACGUGAUCGACGAGCUUUUCCAGACUACUCGUCAAAACGAUACAAGUCUGCGUGAGAUAGUAUGUUCUCUGGUUGGUAGCAAAGCGCGGGACAGGGAAUACCGAGAGAAGAUGGACCCGGUCAUGCGCAAGCACGGAGAUUUUGCUGUCGGGGUUCUGAACUACGUACUUCUUAACUCCAACCUCCCAAGUGGCGAAACAAGGUUUCAUGGAUGAAGUAGUAGAUUACACUGGGAGUUUGGUCUCAGCAAUACGGGGUCAAGAAUUCACCCACGUAGCCUGUUCAGAAAGAAAACAUGGGAAAGCACGAAGUUGAUGAUCCAAGCGGUGUGGUAUGGCUUGGC